GCUAGUGCCGGCUUCCGUAGUCGUUUCGUAGUGGAAGAAUGGCCGGUUGGAUGUGGCUCCGUUGUCUUUUAGGGCCUCAUCUGCAGCGAGUUCACCGUGCACCGGAGCAGUCUCGGCCCGAAGGCAGGGCGGGGAGGAGGGGAUGGAGCUACCAACCCAGGAGUCUGGAAAAACACACUGAUAGCAUCCUUGGUUGGGCUUCAGCACUGUGGUCUCUGUCCUACUACAGUUCCCCUCUUCUACUCUGCUAUCUCUACAGGAAAGGCUACAUCUGCAGCAGCAAGUUGGUUCCAGUUAGUCAGUACAUCGGAACAGUCCUGGUGUGUCUUCUCGGAGUGGCCUGUCUUAGAGGUUGGGGGAGAUGGAAGAACUCUGAGUACCUUCAGUUCAUCUCCAUCCUUGAGGAGACCAGGAAGAAUCAUACUCCUGCAAACAAGAACAAACUGAGGUGGUAUGACUUUGACUUCUCAUAUUGGCCAGCAGACUUCAGCUGGACCGAAGUCGACAAUCCGAAGCUCUCCAAGGCUGGUGUUUCUCUGUUGAAGCCUGAGCCCAGACUAAGAGGAGCAGCAGACAGCGUCCUCAACUCUGUACGCACUCUGCCAUGCCACAUCAUCAGUUUUCUGAUUGCCCACUCGUUCGGGAGGAGGAUGCUGUACCCCGGCUCUGUGGGUUUACUGCAGAAAGCCAUGAAGCCCAUGCUCCAGCAGGGCCAGGCCAGGCUCAUCGAAGAGUUUGAUGGCACAAGGAACAAGCUGGUGGCCUGUGACGGGAAUGAGAUUGACACCAUGUUUGUGGACCGGAGGAGAGAUGGGGGCCGGAAUGGCAAGACUCUGGUCAUCUGCUGCGAAGGCAAUGCAGGCUUCUACGAGGUGGGCUGUAUGAACACUCCAUUGGAAGGUGGCUACUCUGUACUGGGCUGGAACCACCCGGGCUUUGGAGGCAGCACGGGAGUGCCGUUCCCCCAGAAUGAGGCUAAUGCCAUAGAUGUAGUGAUCCAGUUUGCAGUGCACAAACUGGGCUUCCAGCUCAGCGACAUUAUCAUAUAUGCCUGGUCUAUAGGAGGAUUCACAGCCAGUUGGGCAGUGAUGUCAUACCCAGAGAUCCAGGCGGUGGUGUUGGACGCCUCCUUCGACGACCUGCUGCCUCUGGCCCUCAAGGUCAUGCCCGACAGCUGGAGACCGUUGGUACAACACACAGUCAGGCAGUACAUGAACCUCAACAAUGCAGAGCAGCUUUGCAAAUACCAGGGACCAGUGCUGCUGAUCAGGAGAACCAAAGAUGAGAUCAUCACCACAACGGGUCCAGAGGACAUCAUGUCCAACAGAGGCAACGACCUCCUGCUCAAACUGCUACAGUUCAGGUACCCCAAGGUCAUGACAGAUGAAGGGGUCAGGGUGGUAAGACAGUGGCUGGGAGCCUCCAACCACAUAGAGGAAGCGUCUGUGUACAGCGGGUAUGAGGUGGAUGACGACUGGUGUGUGUCUGUGCUGCAGUCCUAUCAGACAGACAGAGAUGUAUUUUUCCCAUGGAGUGUUGGUGAGGAUAUGACACUAGAGGGGAGGCGGCAGCUGGCUCUCUUCCUGGCACGGAAGUACAUGCACAACUUUGAAACGACACACUGCACUCCUCUCCCCUUCUCCGAGUUCCACACACCCUGGAGACUUUAGAGAGAUGGAAGAGACGAAGUGAACAGCAGCAGCAGAGAGGAUUCGGAUGGCCUAUGGUCAGAGCACGUUCCCGGCAUGGUGUGAAUGUAAUACUGUGAUUUUGUUUCAGAAGUGUUCCAAGACAGAUGUGUUGUCAUGUAUGCCGAUGCUGUGGAGGCAUCUGAAAAGAUCUGUCCCACUGUUUUGUUGCCUCACAGCCACAAAAUACAUCCUUUCUUUUGAGGUUAGUGUAUAGUCAUACUUUUAAGUGUUUGCCCCUUCUACAAACAUGGACAAAUGGAUGCAUUUUAACUGAAUGCACAAGCCAUCUCUUUCUGUUUCUAUUUUUUUUCUCCUCCUUUGGCUGUAUUAGUAAAAAAAAAAAAAAUGUAAUUGUCAGUAGCCAGUGUACCACUAUUCCAGCAAUCCACAAUUUCAGGAAUAGGAAAUAAGCUUAAUGGUGUCAGGUCAGAGGUAAUCUCUGAACUCAUCGGCGAGUUGAGAGGAAUUUAUAUCCUUUUUACCAAUGCAGCCAAAGCCCUGAAGCUUUUUUCCCUCUUCUGUGAACACCAUCUUUAUGAACAAAACUGUAUCAUAAAAACUGAUGCUCUUAAAUGUUAUAUUAAAUAUGCUGAAUAAAAUGUUGGAAAUAAGGGACUGAA